CGUAGUAAACUAAUAAAUUAUUUUCCCCUUUCAGCUUGUUUUUGCUUUUCUCCAUUUUACAGCUUAACCGAGGUUUGUGAAGAAAGAAGAUUUCAAUGGAGGACGAUAACACCGACGGCAAAAAAAAGAAGACCACUGCUUCGAUUCCAGCUAACUACAUCAGCAUCCUUCAGCUCCAGGAGCGUUGGAUCAAUGAGAAAGAGAAGAAGCGUAAGGAGGAAGAAGAAGAAGAGAGACGACAGAAACAACUACAGGUCGAGGAAGAGAAAAAGAGAGAGGAGGAGGAGAAGCGUUUGAAUCGAAGCAAUCAGGGAAGAAAAAAAAAGAAAUCUACGAGCGGCGGAGGAGCAAGAUUUGUUGAGAAGGAGAUACCGGAAGUAACGGCGGAGGUUGGGAGCGGUGGAGGUGAAGAUACGGCGGAGAUGUUACCGAAGAAGGAUAGGGGAUUUAGGAGUAAACGGUAUGAUAGUAAGAAGAAGAAGAAGAAGAAGACAAAUCAAGAUGUGGCUUUGGAAGAUGAUGUUGUUGCCGUCGAUUCUGGUGGCUGUGGUUCAAUCGCGCCAACUGAGUCAGUCGUGACGGAGAAUGUUACUCCGGCGAAAGAUGUGAUUCGAGUUUACAGGAAGAAAAGCGAGAAAGCUGCGACGGCCGUAGAAACGCAAUUUGAGGAUCUCUCUAUCAAAAGAGAUGAAACCACCAAAAAUCUCAAGGCACAAACCAAACCGAGUAAUCGUAAUCGAGCUGCUUCAACAAUGGUGUGGGUGAAGAAAGAGAGAGCUAAUGAUGAUGGAAUUGCAAGUGGCGUGAAGCCAUUAAAUGCGUAACGUUUGCUUUCAAGGUUAACAACUCGUGGAAGGUGAACAAAGCGUAACAGUAUCAAUUUGGUAAUAUUCUUUGAUGUUGGUUGAACAACAGAGAGAUCAUGGUGUACAAAUUUUAUGGCUUUUGUAAAGCGUUUAGGGGCUCUCAAGGUUUGUGGUAAUUGUAUCCAAAAUGUACAGAAGUAUGAAUUACCAGACCGAUUUGGUGUUAUUAAGCUUCAAAAUACUUUUCAUUC